CUACUGCAAAUUAUGCAGAUAAUAUUCAAUUUCAAGUUUCUAAUUUUACAUUUCAAGGCUAUUCCUUUAUAUCAAAUAAAUCAAUUACAUGCGAAAUUUAUACAUAUUAGUACCCAUGCAAAUAUUAUUUUUAAUAUUAAGUUGAAAUUUACAAUGAGACCAAUUAAAUCAAUUUAAGAGGGUUUUAUAGCGACUAUAGGGUAAAUGAUUUAGUUUUGUAUUUAAUAAAAAUCUUUAAAGCCGUGACAUAGUUUGUGUUUUAAAUUGAAAUUUGAGGUUGCUGGUUUAGGAUAUUACAUAAAAGUGUUCCAUUUCUUCCGAUUCAUCUGACGCUCCUAAAUAACCUAGCACACAAUUGGUCAAAUACGCGUAAUGAAAUCAGUUUUCAUUCAUUAAUGUUGAAUCAUUUCUUGAGUUUGUCGCUCAGAAAUGUACGUUAUUAUCAGAUAACUGCGCGAUGUUUUAAAUAUUUCGGAGGUCAACCUAAGAUAUACACUACGAUUAUGUAUAAGUAUUCUUGGCAUUAUGAGAAUGAUUAUAAGUUUAUAGGAGUAUUAUAUAGUUAAAGAUUUCUAGACGCAUGCCAAAUUUUUAAUAAUUUCAAGGAAUAUAUAAAAGUUUGCAAGGUUAAUUAGAAUUUUAUGAGUCAGAAAUUUUUUACAUUUCAGAGAAUUUCUAAAGCUGUGUCCAAAUAUAAAGCAACACGUACGCGGCGUUCGCAUGAAAUAAUUCUGCCGUACGCAAGUUUGGACAGACCAGAGAAUGUUUUAGUCACGUUGCGCACUGACUAAAAAUGCUCGCGAGCGGCAGAUAGAGCGCCAAGACGUCAAUUCUUGUACACAUCCUAAGGCUUUCCAUAGAAUCUAGGAAUUUUUGAUGUUCUCCAGCUAUUUCUAAAUGUUCAUCCUAACCCUUCAACUAAAGUGUUAAUAUUAGCAACAUAAUAUGCUUGAUUUUAGCCUUAAAGUACUGGAAAACAAUAAAAAAUGGUCUCAAUCAAAACAUUCAACUUAAUUAAACAAUUUUCAAAACACAACGCGUUCGAACUUAAAGAACGAUCUACAUAUAAGAGAUAUACUUGAGCACAUCACCAUUUCUAAGCUCCUACUUCCGAAAUAAUAUUUAUGAAUUCAUAUCUAAAAUACUUCUAUAAUAUAGAAAAUAGAUAAUACAACAGGGAAUGAAAUUGUUUUGAAAGGGGUAAGCUGUUUCUUGAUGCAUUAACCACAACAGUUAUCUGAGUGAUCUUGUAUUUUCUAAAUGACAAGUAAAAAUAAUUAAUACUUCAGUUUGUUUUCAAAAUUUAUCAGUGUUUGUGUCAUCUCGUAAAUGUCUAUAAAAAAAUCUACAAAUCCCAAGAAAUACUCAACACAUUAUCUUCCAACAUCUUCAUUUAAAGAUAAACAUAGUGAAUUUGUUGGGAUAAUGCAUUCUGAUAGCUGCGGAUAAUAUAAAAUCAAACUAUGCUCAUCAAAGAGUAUCGGAUUCCGCUUCCCCUUACCGUCGAAGAGUAUCGAAUAGCUCAAUUGUAUAUGAUAGCGAAAAAAAGUCGUGAGGAAAGCAAAGGGGCGGGCAGUGGAGUAGAAAUUUUAUUAAAUGAACCGUACACUGACGGACCAGGUGGAAAAGGACAAUACACCAAAAAGAUUUAUCAUGUAGGAAGUCAUCUUCCUGGAUGGCUUAAAGGAAUAUUACCAAAGACUGCUCUUAUGGUGGAAGAAGAAGCUUGGAACGCUUAUCCGUACACCAAGACUCGAUACACUUGUCCUUUUGUCGAAAAAUUUUAUCUAGAAAUUGAAACGUUGUAUUUUGGGGACAAUGGCCAUCAAGAUAAUGUUUUUAAACUAACUGGAAGUGAUUUAAGAAAUAGAGUGGUUGAUCUUAUUGAUGUAGUUAAAGAUGUUUUAUAUGGAGCAGAUUAUAUUAAAGAGGAAGAUCCAAAGAUUUAUCACUCUGAAAAAGCAGGUCGAGGUCCUUUACUGGAUAACUGGCUUGAUGAAUACUGGAGUGAAAUUCAAGGUAAACCUCAACCUUUACCAGAUGGAAAAGCUAUGAUGUGCGCGUAUAAAUUAUGCAAAGUUGAAUUUCGUUAUUGGGGGAUGCAAACAAAAAUUGAAAAAUUUAUUCAUGAUGUUGCUUUAAGGAAGACGAUGUUAAGAGCUCACAGACAAGCUUGGGCAUGGCAGGACGAAUGGCAUGGAUUAACCAUGGAAGAUAUACGAGAAAUCGAAAGGCAAACUCAAUUGGCUCUAAAGAGGAAAAUGGGACAGCCCGAUGAUGAAACAGAUGAGGACAGUCAGCGGAGUAAUGGAUCCUAUUCCAAGGACGGAAAGAAAACCCUUGCGCAAACGUUAGAAAGUAUUGAAAAGAAAGAGGAUAGUCCAAUCUUAUCCAAGUCAAAACCACAACGGAAAUCAACAUCUGAAAAAGAAAAUGAAGAACAAAAUAACAAAGAUGAAAAAUGGCAACAACCUAUUAAUUUACAUUCUCCAACAUCAACCUCAGUGAAAAGUUUCGAUAUUCCAGCACCUAAUUGGAGAAUUGAAAGUUUGGGAAGGGAUUCAGAUUCUAAUUCGGAAGAUGAAUUUUUUGACUGCGUAGGCGAUAUGGGGGAAUCUUCAUCGCUCGCUAAAUGGAGUUCUUUGGAGCUGUUAAAUGAAGAUGAUGAUACUGCAUCUCCAACUUACGUUGCUGAUCAAAACGAUGAUAGUAUUUUUUCCGCCGCUUUUUUACAACGCGUUGCAAGUGAACGGGGUUCUAGAAAAAUGUUGCAAAGAGGAAAAGUGAAUUCUUUAGAUAUUGGUUGCCCCGAAUCGCCUGGAGCUUCUCCCGCCCAUGUCCCAUGUUCAACUACAGUUUUAUUACUUGUAUUCCAUUCAGGUAGCAUUUUAGAUAUGAACACUGAUAUGACCUCAAAAAAGUCUGAUGUCACCACGUUUAGGGGUGCUUUUGAAUCAGUAAUGAGACAACAUUACCCAUCUUUAAUAGGUCAUAUGGCUAUUAAAUUAGUCGCGUGUCCUUCGAUUUGUACUGAAGGUCUUGGCAUUUUAUCUAGUUUAAGCCCUUAUAGCUUUGAUGUAUCUCCAUCUUGUACUGAUACACCGCAAAUAACACAUGAUUCCAUUCCAAUUGGGGCCAUACCUUUACUGGCUACCUCCACACCUGAUUAUCAAGAUAACAUCACUAAAGUUAUAACAUCAGCAAAUUAUGUUUACCAAGAAUUUUUAAAAUCAGAAGAAGGAAAAGGGUUCACAGGUCAAAUAUGCAUCGUUUCGGAUUCUAUGGGUUCUAUACUAGCUUACGACGCUCUUUGCAGAACGAUCAAAUACCAAUCGCGACACGGAAGUGAAAAUAGUAUAUUAGAUAAUGACACAAGGGGUUUAGAUAAUAUCCAAAUAAACGACACUGGCCAUCUAGUUGCGCCAUCGCCGAGAAGAAGAUCCUCAUCGACAAGCGAACACCACAUUAAAUUCGAAUUCGAAGUAAGCGAUUUCUUCAUGUUUGGAAGCCCGCUCGCUUUGGUACUAGCCUAUCGAAAAAUUUCUUCUGCCGAAGACAAAAAUAGUAACAUCUCCCGUCCAGCUUGCAAUCAAAUCUACAAUAUGUUUCAUCCGAUCGAUCCUGUCGCCUCGCGUAUUGAACCGCUUCUAUCUGCGAGAUUUUCAAUGUUAUCACCGGUUAACGUGCCAAGAUACGCCAAAUAUCCGCUUGGAGACGGACAACCGUAUCAUCUAGGUACUUAUUUAGUUGAGGUUUUACAGUCGAACCCGCAAGUUUUUACCGACAUGCAACCGAGACGAUUGUCGGAAGUCUCUUUGCAAAGUACUGUAUCUGGAAUUAAUGAUGAAUUACCUCUACAAGCUGUUAACGCAUUGCAACAAAAAUGGUGGGGUAACAAACGCAUGGAUUACGCCCUUUAUUGUCCGGAAGGUUUAUCAAAUUUCCCAACACACGCGUUACCUCAUCUACUCCACGCGAGCUUUUGGGAAAGUAGCGAUGUAAUCGCAUUUAUUUUACGGCAAGUCGGUUCGUCUGAAGGUCUUCCUAUAUCAGGAAUUGAAGAUAGAGAGACUAGUUUUAGACCAGGUCAACCGAGGGAGAAAUGGAUAAGGAAGAGAACAUCCGUAAAAUUAAAGAACGUAGCCGCAAAUCAUCGAGCGAACGAUGUAAUUGUGAAAGAAGGUCUUCCUCAAACGAUAAUUGCUCGUUUUAUGUACGGUCCUCUUGAUAUGAUAACUUUAACGGGAGAGAAAGUUGAUAUACAUGUAAUGCGGGAAGUUCCUAACGGCGAAUGGUCCUAUGUUGCGACUGAAGUUACCGAUAAGACUGGGAGGAUAUCAUACUCUUUUCCUGAUGAUGUGUCUUUAGGAUAUGGGCUUUAUCCUAUUAAGAUGGUUGUGAGAGGUGACCAUACUUCUGUAGAUUUCUUUAUGGCUGUUGUUCCACCUAAAACGGAAUGUGUAGUUUUUAGUAUUGACGGAUCUUUCACAGCUAGUAUGUCUGUAACAGGGAGAGAUCCCAAGGUUAGAGCGGGUGCUGUUGAUGUUGUGAGACACUGGCAAGAACUUGGUUAUUUAAUAAUAUACACGACAGGUCGGCCUGAUAUGCAACAUCAUCGUGUUGUUUCUUGGUUAUCUCAACAUAAUUUUCCACAUGGCUUAGUGUCAUUCGCGGAUGGUUUAUCAACGGAUCCUCUUGGUCAUAAAACGGCUUAUUUAAACAACUUAAUACAAUUCCAUAACGUGAUCAUACAAAGCGCGUAUGGUAGCAGCAAAGAUAUCGUCGUUUAUACUUCAAUCGGUCUCAAACCAAAGCAGAUCUUUAUAGUUGGUAAAGCGUCCAAGAAGCAGCAUUCGCAAGCAACAAUUUUAACGGAAGGAUACGCGGCUCAUUUAACGACUUUGCUAGCUCAUGGAGGGUCACGACCAGCGCAAGGAAACGCUCGCAUGGUGAUUCCUAGGGGAUAUUUUGGGUUACCAGGACAGGUGAAUUCACGAAGACGAAGAUCAGCAAGAAGGACAACAUCUUAUCCAGUUGAAGAAAAGGAUCCUUUAGAAAGAACGUUAAGUAUGAGACGUUACCCUUUACCAAAGACGAAUCUUCUCAAACUUGGCAAUCAACUGCCCGGAUGAUUCAAUAAAAAACAAACGGGUUUAGUGCAAAAAAAUAAAGAUCGAUUCGACCGAUUAUGUAAGUGAACCGAACCGUAAAAGUUGUUGCUAGAUUUACAUAGCGAUUAUAUUUUUGUAUUCGUAAGAAAAAAAAAGAUCUAUAUUUCCGUUGACUUGUACUUACCAAAUUUUAUCUCGAUACAAAAGAAAAAAACGCUAGCGCCAUUCCUGGUUUUCGACCGAUUUAAACUCGCAUCCUGUCUAUGUGACUGUAGGUUAAAUGAAUAAAUUAAAAUAAUUAAAAAAAAACAUUAUUGAAUACUCGUAAGACAAAUUUGAAUAUAAAUCGUUACCGAACCGAAAAAUCGGUUGGGUUACAAUCAUUCGCUAAUAAAGAAGCGUCUUCCGAGUGUCAAAUUCAGAAAAAUUUUAAAUUUAGUUAAACAUUACAGAGCGUAUUGUUUAAUAUUGGUUUAAUACAAAUACUGAAGUAGAAUUGCGUAUACCUCAAUACCCUUAUGUUUACUUCAAAUUUAAUUUUUUUAUAAAUUUGACACCCGGAUGUUUUUCUUUGUAAGUUACGAUGUCAAAAAUGUGAUGUAAGUAGGAGAUAAAAAAGUUUUCGAUUUGCUGUUUUUAAAACGUAACUUAAUGUGCUAUUAAGAAUCCCUGUUUGUGUUAAUUUUAAACAUGUAACAAUUUUGUGUUUAAAAGGGGAAAAAGAUGUAGUAUAGAAUGUGUUUUAGAAAAAUUAUUCGCAUUGUAAAUAUUGUUUUUACUAUUAUGCAGAGUGGCUUCAAAUAAUCGAAUUUAUCUUUCUACAUUUUAUAAACGAGAAAUCAUAAUAUGCCAGACAUUGGGUUGUAAGAUUUAACAAUGUUCCGAUGCUCCUGAUGAACCUUUUUAGAGUCAGGUUGAAUAACGUACAGGACAUGCAUCUUAAUUACUUUUAGAACGUUGGUGAUGCCUCUUCUCUUUCGUUUUCAUCUACAUUUUAAUCUUUUCUUUCGUAUACAAUUUGUGGCUUUAGCGUUAUAAUAUUUAGAAGUUCUUGAAAGUUAAUAAUCUGGUUUUCUCAAAAACAGAAAAGCAUUAACUCCAGAUAACUGUCCCAUUAAUUCUCUUGUAAAUAAAAUUCGAAAAUAAUUCGACUAUUUAGAAACACUCUGUAGAUAAUUGAAGUUUUAAAGCUGGUUAAAGAUUAACUAUUGUUAUAAUAUAAUGUUUAGUACUUAUUUAAGUGUACCUAUCAGUCUAUCGGUUAUUAAUUUUGAAAAGAUCAAUUUUUUUAUGGUUUUUAUUUUUUUUAACAAUACCUAGAGAACAAAAAGAAAUUUAAAAUUAGCGACCUGCAAAAGCUACAUUUGUAAGUUACCAACUUGUAAUAUUGAAUAACUCAAUAUUCUCGGUGGUUGUAAGUAGUUGAUACAUAUUUAUUUUCAGCAGAAUGAUGUAUAUGUGUAAAAAAACUUAUGAAAUAAGCCUACGUGUUAAAGAACAAAAAAAUAUUGAACAGUGGAGUAUAAAAAUGA